AUGGGGAGUGAUGCCAGCGGCUCGUCACUCUCUUGUGUCUCUUCUGUCUGCGGAAGCUCAGGCCGAAGCGAGUCGUCCGCGCGGCGUGGUCGGUGCCUCCUGGUCUCCCGGCUGAGGUGCGGGAGGCCGGGCGGUGAUUCCGCCCCGGCCGCGUCUGGACUCUACACCUCCGGCCCGGCCCGGCCCGGCCGGCCGAGCAUCUCUCCCGCGCCCAGCCGGAGCCUCGCCUCGGCGGUCGAUGAGCGCCGACGGCCGCUCAGCCUUGGAGCCAGAAGUGGGCGUCUGACCGUCCGGCCGUGA